GAGAGAGGAAGAGCAGGAAACAGACAGCUGCACAAUCAGUAAGCAGAGGCAGGGUCCAUCACAGGGGAAGCUGAGCCAGGGAGCCAAGCUGAGAAAAGAAAACCGCACAGCCAAUACACUCCAGUCAAAGAGGAAGUGGGAGGGUCUAACUGCUCUGACAAAAAGAUUCUAAGUGUUUCUGGUCACUUCACCAAGAGGGAGAAUGAAGGAAACAUGUCUUGGGCUCCUAUUGACCUCACUGCUCUGCUGCAGAACAAACUCAGUUUUGCUGAAAAUACAAUCAAUUCCCUCCAGUCUCUCUGACUGUGAGUCCCAGCAGAUCUCAGAUGUUUAAAGAUGAGUCUGUCUCUCUGAGCUGUGAGGAGGACGACAGCUCUGCUGGAUGGACUCUGAGGAGGAACACAACCAGAGAAACCAGGACUCAGUGUGGAGAUGGCUGGGGAAAAACUGCUGGUUCUUCCUGUAAAAUCAGCUUCAUGAUUCCAGGGGACAGUGGAGUGUACUGGUGUGAGUCCAGAGAGGGAGCAACCAGUAACAGCAUCAGCAUCACUGUCACUGGUGGACCAGUGAUCCUGCAGAGUCCUGUCCUCCCUGUGAUGGAGGGAGAAGACCUCACUCUGACCUGUAAAACAAAGACGUCCUCCAACCUCCCAGCUGGUUUCUAUAAAGAUGGCUCCUUCAUCAGGAAUGAGCCUGCAGGUCACAUGACCAUCCACCAUGUUUCCAGGUCUGAUGAAGGCCUCUACAAGUGUCACAUCAGCAGUGUUGGAGAGUCUCCACCCAGCUGGGUCUCUGUCACAGAGAAACCCACGACUACAAGUCCUCCUACAACCUCUGUCAGCUCUGGCUCCACCACUUCUUCCUCUCCACCGAGCUCCUCUCCUCCUCCCCCGCUCUCCUCCUCCCCUUGUGUUGGGGUCUGCUGUUUCAGUCGGUGUCCUGGUUCUCCUGGUUCUCCUGGUUCUCCUGGUUCUCCUGGUUCUAAGAUGCAUCCGUAUGAAACCUAGAGCUGAAGUAGAAGCUGGAGAUGAUGACGUCACAUACAGUGAUGUCACAAUAUCCCGUAACCCGCAGCAGCCAAUCAGACGGAGCAGAGAGAGUGAUCCUGCUGCAAUCUACUCUGGAGUGAGAAGAGAAGACGUCUGUAACGGACAAAUAGUGAUCA